CACCACCAUUGUUGAUUUCUUGUCCAAAUAUCAGACAGGAGUCCCGCAAUCGAGGCCAUUCCAACACCACCAGAGAAGAAAGGAAACAGAACAAACCUAGAAAUGUGUCUUCGGGUGUGCUGUUGGAAAGAACACAGUUUUAGAUCAUGACAUGAUCACCAUGACAAUGAUGGUGGUUCGGGUUGUCCUUCCAUUCUAAAGCCAACCCUGAGAGAAGAAGAGGGAAAUGGCAUCAAACAACAGCUUGAGGGAUCUGCAAUGGCUUCUGCAAGCUAUCAAGUCCUCAUCGGAAGAAGAAAGCCUCCAACUUCACAGCAUUUCUUUCCACCUCUCUCACCCAACCUCAAGCUGUUUCCAAGUGACAGAGAAUUCCCUCCAUGUCAACAUCUCCAAAGAUACCUUUCCUCUCUUCUCCGAGAUUCUCUCACACCUCGCAACCUCCAACAGCAACAAGCUGAAAUCCUUAACAAACAUGGAGUUCCAUCGAGUCGAGUGGGGACUAGAGCAACUGCUUCACCUUGGAACCCUACUCCAGAACAGCUUAAGCUGCAUUAGGCAACUCGUCUUCCGGAGGAACAGGUUCUCUCCAGAAUGCCUGAGUGAGCUAUGCGAGAUGUUGAAGAGGAAUUCUAUGAUCAAAGAAGUAAUGCUGGCGGAAUCUCGAAUCGGCCCUUCUGGUGCUACCCUUUUGGCCAAUGCCCUCAUGGUGAAUGAAGGCUUGGAAGAGCUGCAGAUAUGGGAGGACUCAAUUGGGUCAAGAGGAGCUGAGGAGCUCUCCAAAAUGAUUGAAGUCAACUCCACGCUUAAGCUGCUCACCAUCUUUGACUCUCACUCCUUCACGGCAACUCCAUUGAUCUCAGCAGUUUUGGGGAGGAAUAGAGCCAUAGAAGUUCACAUUUGGUGUGGGGGACAAAAUGGGGAGAAGAUCUCAAAGGUGGUGGAGUUUGCCAAUGGUACCCUCAGGGUUUAUAGUAAGCUAGAUGUUACAGGAUCAUGCAGAGUUGCUUGCUCAUUGGGGUGGAAUUCGACGGUAAGAUCGUUGGACUUGACCGGGGUAAGGCUGAAAUCGCGGUGGGGGAAAGAGUUCCGGUGGGUUUUGGAGCAGAAUCGAAGCCUUAGGGAAGUGAGGCUGUCCAAGACUUGUCUCAAGGACAAGGGAGUUGUGUAUGUUGCAGCUGGGCUUUUCAAGAACCAGGCAUUGGAAAGUUUGUAUCUUGAUGGGAAUUGGUUCAGUGGGAUUGGAGUUGAGCAUCUGUUGUGCCCUUUGACCAGAUUCUCUGCCUUGCAACUCCAAGCCAACACUAGUCUCAAAGUUGUAGCUUUUGGGGGAAGGAGAACCAAGAUUGGGAGAGAUGGAGUUGCUGCAAUCAUCCAGAUGCUGACAAGCAAUGAGACCGUGACUAAGCUAGGCAUAUACGAUGAUGAGAGCUUGAGACCGGACGAUAUAGUGAGAAUCUUCAGAAGCUUGGAGAGCAAUGCGAGUUUGAGGUGCUUGUCUUUGCAAGGCUGCAAAGGAGUUCAAGGAGAGUUUGUGCUGAACGCAAUCAUGGAGACAUUGCAGGUCAAUCCUUGGAUUGAAGAGAUUGAUCUCUCAAGAACACCACUGCACAACUCUGGGAAUGCGGAAGGUGUUUAUCAAAGGCUAAGCCAAAAUGGUAAGAAGACUGAACCAGAAACAGAACCAGAUGGAAACUUGCUCAAGGACAUGCCACUAACCGAACCAAAGAGUUGUCGUGUUUUCUUGUGCGGGCAAGAAUAUGCAGGAAAGACCACCCUUUGCAAUGCAGUGGCACAGAACUUGAGCUGCUCUUCUUCAAACUUAAUUCCUUACAUGGACCACGUGAGGACCCUUGUGAACCCCGUUGAGCAAGCUGUGAGAACAAGUGGAUUGAAGAUAAAGACACUCAGAUAUGAAGAAAUCAAGAUCUCGAUAUGGAACCUCGGUGGCCAGCACGAGUUUUACGCUUUGCAUGACCUCAUGUUCCCCGGUCAUGGCAGUGCAUCCUUGUUUAUAAUCAUCACCAGCCUCUUCAGAAAACCCAGCAACCGAGAACCAAAGACACCAGGUGAGGUAGAAGAGGACCUGCAGUACUGGCUAAGGUUCAUAGUUUCCAACUCAAGAAGAGCACUCCAGCAGUGCAUACUUCCUAAUGUCACCAUAGUCCUUACACACUUUGACAAAAUCAGUCAGCCAUCUCAAAACAUUCAGCUGAUAGUCAAUUCGAUACAGCGAAUAAGAGACAAGUUCCAAGGAUUUGUGGAGUUCUAUCCAAAUGUGUUCACAGUUGAUGCUAGGUCCUCGGCAUCGGUGAACAAACUCACCCAGCAUCUUCAAAAGACGAGCAAGACCAUUCUCCAGAGAGUGCCAAGAACUUACCAGCUUUGCAAUGAUCUAACCCAGAUUCUUUCAGAUUGGAGGGCAGAGAACAGUAACAAGCCAGCAAUGAGGUGGAAAGAAUUUGAUGAGCUUUGCCAAGUGAAGGUACCUGGAUUGAGAAUUGGGUCAAGGCAUGAUAACAAGGAGAAGGUGGAAAUGAGAAGGAAGGCUGUUGCUAGUUGCCUGCAUCAUAUGGGGGAGGUGAUUUACUUUGAUCAGUUAGGAUUCUUGAUCCUAGAUUGUGAGUGGUUCUGCUGUGAGGUACUCGGGCAACUCGUGAAACUAGAUGUUAGGAAGAAGCCAAGCUCAAUGGAGAAUGGGUUCAUCAGCAGAAGGGAACUUGAAAAGAUUCUGAGAGGAACUUUACAAGGCCAGAUAAUUCCUGGGAUGGGUUCUUCAAAGAUACUUCAAACCUUGGAAGCUGGCGAUUUGGUGAGAAUGAUGCUGAAACUUGAGCUGUGUUAUGAACAAGACCCAGCAGAUUCGAACUCUCCACUGCUGAUUCCUUCCAUUCUAGAGGAAAGCAGAGGAAAAUCACAGAAGUGGCUGAUCGUUAGCUCACCUGAGUGCCUCUAUGUCGGGCGCCAUCUAGAGUGUGAUGAUUCAAGCCACAUGUUUCUUGCACCAGGAUUCUUCGCACGUUUGCAGGUUCAUCUUCAUAACAGAAUCAUGGCAUUAAGGAACCAAUAUGGAGGAGCAACUUAUAGUCCUGAGAAGUCCCUCAUCUCAAUAAAUAUCAAUGGCAUCCACAUUAGAAUUGAACUGGGAGGACAGCUUGGCUAUUACAUAGACAUCCUUGCUUGUUCCACAAGAAACCUUACUGAGACUCUCAGACUCUUUCAUCAGCUGAUAAUUCCAGCCAUUCAGAGCCUUUGCAAUGGCGUCACCUUGAACGAAAGCAUCAUAAGGCCUGACUGUGUGCAGAAUCUUAUCGCUCCAAGGUACAGGAAAACACAACAUGUACCCAUUCAGCAGCUGAAGCAAGCCCUCCUGUCAGUUCCUGCUGAUGGAAUGUAUGAUUAUCAGCACACAUGGAAUCUUGUUUCAGACUCCGGUCGUCUCAUUUUACAAUCAACCUUCGAUUUGGCUCGGGAUCUCUUAUCUGAUGAUGACUUCAGGGAAGUGUUGCACAGUAGAUACCACGACCUCUACAACCUUGCUGUGGAGCUGGAUGUUCCACCCAUAGAUGCAGCAGUGGACCAAGGUAAUAAUGAAGUUGUUGACCAAAUUGAUCCAAGCUUUGCUGGAAUAGCCAGAGGGGUAGAACAAGUACUGCAGCGGCUCAAGAUUAUCGAACAAGAGAUAAGGGACUUGAAGCAGGAGAUUCAAGGGCUGAGAUACUAUGAACACAGACUGCUGAUCGAGCUUCACCGCAAGGUCAACUACCUUGUGAACUACAACACCCAGAUUGAAGAGAGGAAAGCACCAAACAUGUUCUUCUUCGUCAGAACCGAGAACUACUCCAGAAGACUGAUCACCAACAUGAUCGGUGGAAUGAAUGCUCUCCGGCUACACAUGCUGUGUGAAUUCAGGAGGGAAAUGCACGUUGUUGAAGAUCAGAUGGGCUGUGAGGUGAUGCAGGUCGACAACAGGGCAGUGCAGUGUUUAGCUCCAUACAUGAAGAAGUUCAUGAAGCUAGUAACUUUUGCAUUGAAGAUAGGAGCUCACCUUGCUGCUGGAAUGGGGGAAAUGAUACCCGAUUUGAGCAGAGAGGUUGCUCAUUUGUCUGGGUCUUCUCUUGUGUCUGGAGCAGCUGGGGCAGUUGCUGUUGGAGCCUUAGGGGCUGCAGCCAUGGGAAGGGCGGAUGGAAUGAGGAACAGAAACUCAAGGGACAUACAACAACAGGAACUCAGAGCAGCACAGCAAUGGGUGGUUGAUUUCUUAAGGGACCGUCAGUGUUCUUCAGGAAGGGACAUUUCUGAGAAGUUUGGACUAUGGAGGGUCAGGUACAGGGAUGACGGGCAGAUUGCAUGGGUUUGUAGGAGGCAUAUGAUCACUAGAGCUAAUGAAAUAGUUGAAGCACCCAUCUGAAGAUUUUAAGCUUCUUAUGUUCCCUCUGUGUUACUAAAAAUUAUGUUCAUUGAUUUACAGCAGAGGUUUCCUGGAGCUUUACUGCUUAUAGUUGUUCCACUUUCAAAAUCAAGAGCACCCACAUGUUCAAAUCUGACAGUCAUCUUAAUUCUGUAAGAUAUAGAUAUUUUGCUGAUGAAUGAUACCACCCAACUCUUUCCACUUUGAUCCAGUAUCCUAAGAUGAUGGGUAAAUAAUCAGACCACAAAAGA